UCUUGAUCUUGAACUGACUUGACUUGAAUAGUUGAAUCUUGGUUGACCGCUAAAGUUAUUGUUAUUGUUAAAAUUAAUUAUUUUUUAUAAACACGUGAGGAUGGCAUCGUCUACGGUGUUGAGAGUAAAACGUAGGCUCGAAGAAAAUCCGCACGAUACGCUUGUUCUUAUGUGCAAACGGAUUAAAACUGAUAAGGAAGAAAUCUCACCGUCUUUAUUCGUCUUCCGAGGAACCGUUGACGAUCAAGAAACCACACAUGUCAAAAAUUUGCUACCAAAAACAGACAUAAAACAGCAGACGCUACCAAAUGUCGAAAAUAUCAUAGAAAAGUUAAGGAAAGAAAGAAAGGAUGUUACAACAAAGAGUCGUUAUGAAAUUGUCAACUGCAGUCGAGGUUUGAAGGAUGAAGCAAGUGAUGGAGAGAAUACAGAUGUACUCAAUUUAAUAGAUCUGCAGAAAACUGAUGAUAAAGAUGGAAAUGUUCAAUAUGCGUAUGAUCUGUACACAAGUUUAAAACAAGAGUUUGAUAUAUCUAUGAUAGAUAAUUUUGUGAGUGUUGAAACAGGCCUGGUACUAGAUUCUUACGAUCCAACACAAGAUUCAGACAAUGAAGCGGAUGAUGAUGAUGAUUCUAAUGAUGAGAACAAUUGGAGGAAUGAUUACCCAGACUCGGAAGCCAGCAGUAUAGAUGUUGAGGAUAUGGUGCAAGCUAUGCAAAGGGUGGAUAUUGAAGACGACUUAUCCAGUGACACAGGUGAAGACAGAAUAUACGAUGACCCACCAGACAUACUCAAAGAUGAUGCUCAGAGAUAUGGGUCAGCUUAUGCUAAAUAUAAAGCCAAAGUAUUGACAGAAAACCCAGAUUUGUCCAACAGAGGUCUAAUACAUUGCCACAAGGAUGAUGAUGAUCCAGGGUAUAAGAAUGAUAGUGAUGAUGGAUUCUACUACGGAGAAGAUGAGGACACGGAACAGUUCAGAGAACAAUACAGAGAUGAGUCGUCGGAUGAUAAUUAUCCGGAUUGAACCAGUUUAUAAUAUUGUUGAGUUCUGUUCAAUAAAUGUUAUUUUUAUAUAUU